GCGAUUCUGAGUAUUUAAAGGAGGAUCAGAAAACCCCCAUCUCCUCAAUUCAUCACCACAAAGCCCAAAAAGCCUCAAAGUAGACCCGGUUUCUUUCUUAGCUAACAACAUGGCUUUCAAAACUCCCAUUCUCGCUUUCCUUAUCCUGCUCAUUGUAUCCUGCAGUCAAGUACUUGCAGGGCGCCCUGUUAAGGAAGACGUGAAGCAGCCCAACUUCUUCCUAGCCGAAAGCCCCACUGUUCGAGGGAUCGAAACUCUGUUCUGUUGCCUCCAUCGAUCCGCAUUCCUUCUUUCAAGCCAUACACUGCCCCCCGCAGGCCGCAACUACAUUCCAGGUGCCGAUGACACAUUUGUGCCGAACCCUGGGUUUGAGGUCUCAUACCCUCACCCUCACAGUCAAAGGGGUGCUGCUUCUGCUCGUCCUUGACCAGCUAUUCCUGCUGCAAUGUUUUUUUAGAUGAUUGAGUGCUUGAGUUUGUCCUGGUUUCUUCAUAAACACCAGAUGAAUGCCCUGAAUUUCCUAUCUAGUAUGACGAUGAAGCUGUUGCUUUCUUGCUAAUGUGAUUCAUCUAGACUAGAUUCUGCAGCCAUGGAUAACUAGGGUUCCCUAAGCACAAGCUAACUGAUAUGGAUGAAAAAAUAGCAAUCUAUCCAAUCCUCUAGCAGUCGAUAAAAGUAAAAGAACAAGUUCGUUUAGUUAAAUCCAAAAUUGACAGUUAAUCAGUAUACGAACACAACAGCAACAACAGUGAAUUUCUCCAAAAGUGUGAAUGUUACAUUCUACAGCUUCGGUAUCACAAAUCUCUAAACCAGACCCGAGAGACAGUCUGAAUAAUUAUGGCUAAUAAGUCCAGAAAGCAAAUCUCGGAAACUGAUAAAUUAGCCAUGAGGAAAAUGACCCAGCAGCGAUCCUGAAGAUGAUGAAGGAAAGGAAGCCGAGAAAGAUGCAAAGGAACAAGUAAUCGACGAAGACGAAGAAUUUGGUGGACCCAUGAUUCCUAUCCUUCUUCUUCUUCGCCAUCCUGUCUUUGUCAUAGUCCGACGUGGGCUCGUUGUCCAGAGGUUCGAGCUUCGCCAUUGUGGCCGGAGCCGACCUUUCGACCGGUUGGUCAGAGAUCUCUGGGAUGGAGGAGGAGGAGGGAUAGCGGCGGAGAGGUUAUUUUGGGGAUCUGAUUAUCUGAAAUUUCUCUUCUGUUCCCGUUUGUUGUUUGGAAUCCCGCGCUAAUUUCUGGUCCUAUUUUUAUUUGACAGGACAGGAGCACUGGGUGGACCAAUAAAACAACCCCAAAUCC